UCCCUUCCGUCGUUUCUCUCAGCAACUUAGCAUUUCGCCGGAAGAGGAGCCAUGGUUAAGUUUCUUAAGCAGAACAAAGCGGUGAUCCUCCUUCAAGGCCGUUACGCCGGCAAGAAGGCUGUGAUCAUCCGUUCCUUCGACGACGGAAACCGCGAGCGUCCUUACGGACACUGCCUCGUCGCCGGACUCAAGAAGUACCCUAGCAAGGUCAUCCGCAAGGACUCGGCCAAGAAGACGGCGAAGAAGUCGAGGGUCAAGUGUUUCAUCAAGGUGGUGAAUUACCAGCAUCUGAUGCCUACUCGUUACACGCUUGACGUGGAUCUGAAGGAAGUGGCCACUCUCGAAGCUCUGUCUUCGAAGGAUAAGAAGGUGGCGGCUCUUAAGGAGGCCAAGGCUAAGCUCGAGGAGAGGUUCAAGACUGGAAAGAACAGGUGGUUCUUCACCAAGCUCAGGUUUUGAGAACGUUUUUAUCUUUUGUAUUGGAAUCUAGAAUGAAUGUGGAACAUGUUUUGGAUGAUUUAAGACUUUGGUUUGGAAUUUAAUUCUGGAAGUUUUCUUUUUAAUUAUACUGGUGCCUUUAUUUA